CGAGGAGCAGAGAAAAGUACCAAUUCAACCAGCAAUGGUCCCCAGAGGGAGCGACUCUUCCUCUAAAUCUAGAAAAUCACAUGGAGAACACUCUGGUGGCGGCGUAGGAAACUUGACACAUAAGUUAAUUCAGCUUAAAAGGCAAAUUCAAGCGGAGAGAACAGCUUCGACAAAGGAAAAAGUUGAGAAGAACAGAAAGAAGCUUAAGAGUCAUCUUUCGGAGAUUUUGUCGGCUACAUCAAGUAGGAAUACUUUAUGUGUGGAGGAGAGUGGAUUUGGUAAAACGUUUUCUUCAAGAAUCCAAAUUCCUCUAUGUAAGUUUGCUGGAUUUGCUCAAGGGUCAGGAGUUAGAGACUCUGCUAAUGGUCAUGAAGUUGUAUCUUCAAUGAGUGUCAAGCUUCCGUACGUUGAGAAGUUGCCACCAUAUACAUCAUGGAUAUUUCUGGACAAAAAUCAGAGCAUGGUCGAUGACCAAUCUGUUGUGGGGAGGAGACUUAUAUACUAUGACCAACAUGGCAGUGAAGCUUUGAUCUGUAGUGAGAGUGAGGAAGAGAUUGCAGAGCCUGAGGAAGACAUUGCAGAGCACGAGGAAGAAAAACAUGAAUUUUCUGAUGGUGAAGAUCGUAUUUUGUGGACUGUCUGCCAGGAGUAUGGCCUAGGUGAGGAAAUAUUGACUUCUGUCAGCCAGUUUUUUGGAGUCACCAUCUCUGAAAUCCAGGAUCGGCAUGGCUUGCUAAGAGACAAUUACAGUGACCAGAACAUUAAAGUUUUCUGAGAGUUCUGUAUCUGAGAAUGCUAUAUCUUCGGAAAAAAGAGUCUCAGUACUGCCUUAGAUUCUUUUGAUAACAUAUUCUGCCGCCGCUGCUUGUUAUUUGAUUGCCGUCUUCAUGGCUGUUCCCAAUCUUUAAUUCAUCCUAGUGAAAAGCAACCAUAUUGGUCUGAUUAUGAAGAGGACAGGAAGCCUUGCAGUGAUCAAUGCUACCUCCGGGUUUGGUUUUUAUUAUUCUUUUGUGAUAAAAACCUUGUAUCGUAUUGUCUUAUGAGUUGAUACUGCCGUAAUCUUUCUUGUUGGUAACUUUUUGGGCUAAAAUUCUCCCUUGAUAUCCAAAUAUUUGCAUUCUUUAUUGUU